UACCUUUUGACUCGAGUAAGAAAUUUUGUUUGAAUCUUUGAAUGCGUGUUCCAGAGCCAUUUUAGAGCACUAGAAUUUAUUUUUUUCACUUUUUUAUUUGUAUUGAAUAUGUCGGAUGUAAGAGAUAUUUUAGAACUAGAUGUUCCAUCUAAUGAACGUACCAAAGAACUUAUAAUAGCUGCUGACAAAAGAAACAGGAAAAAGUAUGACUGUAAAGCUCCUAAAAGACCAGAAGGAAUGCAUAGAGAAGUUUUUGCUUUGCUUUGUAAAGAUAAUAAUGAUGUGCCACCUAUAUUUUCUUCUGACACUAGCAAAGGAUACAAACCAACAAAAGCUAAGUUAGGAAUGAAGAAAGUGCGACCUUGGAAAUGGACACCAUUUACCAACCCAGCACGUACGGAUGCAGCAAUUUUUCAUCAUUGGAGACGUCUAGCUGAUGUUGGCACAGAAUAUCCAUUUGCAAGAUUCAAUAAAAAAAUUGCAAUUUCUGUAUAUACAAAUACAGAUUAUACGCAAUAUCUAUCAUCAAACGGAUGGUCUAAGGCUGAAACUGAUCACUUAAUUGAUUUGUGUCAGAGAUUCGACUUACGUUUUAUUAUUAUUCAUGAUAGAUGGGAUUAUCACAAAUAUCCCUCGAGAUCAAUUGAAGACUUGAAAAAUAGGUACUAUCAGGUUUGUGCUGCCUUACAGAAAGCGAAAUUUCAACAAGAAAAAGUAUACAUUUUUGAUACUGAGCAUGAAUGUAAGCGAAAAGAACAAUUGAAAAAAUUAUUUGAUCGUACCAUAGAACAGAUCGAGGAGGAACAAAUUUUAUUACAAGAGUUAAGAAAAAUAGAGCAACGCAAAAAAGAAAGAGACAAGAAAACUCAAGAUUUACAAAAACUUAUCACGGCAGCUGACCAUCAAACGGAUUUUAAAAAAAAUGACAAAAAAAUAUCAAAAAAAAAUAGUAAUUCAAGUCGAAAUAAAUUUAAUAAAACGGAUAUUUCUCCUGCUAUAAAAUUGUAUGCUGUGGAACCAACUAGUAUUAAAUUUCCGGAUUUCAAAAACAGUGGAGUAUGCCUGCGUUCCCAAAAAAUAAAAUUACCUAGUAGCUUAGGACAAAAAAAAAUUAAAGGAAUCGAACAAACUUUGUCCGAUAUGAAACUUGAUUUUAAUCCUCCUCCAACAGAACACAUAUGUCAACAUUUUAAUGAACUACGCAGUGAUAUUAUGCUUCAUUAUGAAUUAAAAGGAGCUCUUAUAACUUGUGACUAUGAAUUACAGUCUCUUAGACAUCAGUAUGAAGCACUUUCUCCUGGAAAGACUCUUUUGAUACCAUCAUCUUUAUACUCAAAAACGGAUGACGAUACUAAAAUUGAUGUGAUUAAUGUCUUAGUAUCACCCUGUGCAGCCCAUCUUGGAUAUUUUUAACCAUUAUGAUUUUACCCAAUUUGAGUUGGAACAUUGCAGUAAAACUUCCAUUUGGUCUUCAUCAGUACUUAUAAUUACAAAUAUUUAAUUUGUGGCUUUUACCGUUAAAGUUAUUGAGUUAUGAUGUAUUAUGAACUAGAUUAUCACACCAAAAAUAUUGCAUAUGUAAACAUAAACUAUAUUAAACAUAGAACCAAUAAAAUUUUUAUCGGAA